CCACUUGCAAAAAAAGGCGCGACGGUGCUGGCAAUUCUCUUUUGAAUCCUCUCCGCCUUGCCCAUUGCAUCUUCCUACCCUUUUUUUUUUUUUUUUUUGGCUGCUGCCACCGGUUUGACAGUGCCAGAGACAAAUUUGCAGGGAACACUACCGGAGUUUGUCAGCAAUAUCGUACUCGCUCGACCAAGUGCUGAUAAAAUUCUCUGCCCCGCUCCCGAAACAUCACAACUUCAACCCACCAAACAACACUUGAGCAGGUCGCAACAAUACCGCCAAGAUGGUUAACUUCACGAUCGACGAGAUCCGGGCCUUGAUGGACAAGCCGACAAAUGUUCGGAACAUGUCCGUCAUUGCCCAUGUCGACCACGGCAAGUCGACUCUUACCGAUUCUCUUCUCGCCAAGGCCGGUAUCAUCUCCGCCGGAAAGGCUGGCGAUGCCCGGGCUACAGACACUCGUAGCGACGAGCAGGAGCGUGGUAUCACUAUCAAGUCAACUGCCAUCUCCUUGUACGGCACGUUGCAGGAUGAUGAUGACCUGAAGGACAUUGUCGGCCAAAAAGCUGACGGCAAGGACUUCUUGAUCAACCUCAUCGACUCCCCAGGGCACGUUGAUUUCUCUUCUGAAGUCACCGCCGCUCUGCGUGUCACCGACGGCGCCUUGGUCGUGGUCGAUACCGUCGAAGGCGUGUGCGUCCAGACUGAGACUGUGCUCCGACAGGCUCUGGGUGAGCGUAUCAAGCCCGUUGUCAUCAUCAACAAGGUCGACCGUGCCCUCCUUGAGCUUCAGGUUUCAAAGGAGGAUCUGUACCAGUCCUUCUCGCGAACCAUCGAAUCCGUCAACGUCAUCAUCUCGACAUACUUUGACAAGACCCUCGGCGAUGUCCAGGUCUACCCAUACAAGGGCACCGUGGCCUUCGGUUCCGGUCUCCACGGCUGGGCCUUCACCGUCCGACAGUUUGCCGUCCGUUAUGCGAAGAAGUUUGGUGUUGACCGGAACAAGAUGAUGGAGCGUCUCUGGGGCGACAACUACUUCAACCCUGCAACUAAGAAGUGGACCAAGUCUGGCACCCAUGAGGGCAAGGAGCUCGAGCGUGCUUUCAACCAGUUCAUUCUUGACCCCAUCUUCAAGAUCUUCUCGGCCGUCAUGAACUUCAAGAAGGAGGAGGUGACCAGCCUUCUCGAGAAGCUCAACCUCAAGCUCUCCACCGAGGACCGCGAGAAGGAGGGCAAGGCGCUCCUCAAGGUCGUCAUGCGAACCUUCCUUCCUGCAGCUGACUGCCUCUUGGAGAUGAUGAUCAUUCACCUCCCCUCGCCAGUCACUGCCCAGAAGUACCGUUGCGAGACUCUGUACGAGGGUCCCCCUGAUGAUGAGGCUGCCAUUGGUAUCCGUGACUGUGAUCCCAAGGCCCCCCUCAUGCUUUACGUCUCCAAGAUGGUGCCGACCUCGGAUAAGGGUCGCUUCUACGCCUUUGGUCGUGUCUUCUCUGGUACCGUGCGAUCGGGUCUCAAGGUCCGUAUCCAGGGACCCAACUACGCCCCUGGCAAGAAGGAGGAUCUCUUCAUCAAGGCCAUCCAGCGUACCGUCCUCAUGAUGGGCGGCAAAGUUGAGCCCAUCGACGACAUGCCAGCCGGAAACAUCGUCGGCCUUGUCGGUAUCGACCAGUUCUUGCUCAAGAGCGGUACCCUCACCACGAGCGAUACCGCCCACAACCUCAAGGUCAUGAAGUUCUCCGUCUCGCCUGUCGUGCAGCGAUCCGUCCAGGUCAAGAACGCCCAGGAUCUCCCGAAGCUCGUCGAAGGUCUUAAGCGCCUGUCCAAGUCCGACCCUUGCGUGUUGACCAUGACUUCCCCGUCCGGUGAGCACGUCGUCGCCGGUGCUGGUGAGCUGCAUCUUGAGAUCUGCUUGAAGGAUCUCGAGGAGGAUCACGCCGGUGUUCCUCUCAUCAUCUCCGACCCCGUCGUCCAGUACCGCGAGACUGUCACGGGCAAGUCGAGCAUGACUGCUCUCUCCAAGUCGCCCAACAAGCACAACCGUCUUUACAUGGUUGCGGAGCCGUUGGAUGAGGAGCUUAGCAAAGAAAUCGAGUCGGGCAAGAUCGGCCCCCGUGACGACGUCAAGACCCGUGCCCGCAUCUUGGCUGACGACUUCGGCUGGGACGUCACCGAUGCCCGCAAGAUCUGGGCCUUUGGUCCUGAUACAACUGGCGCCAACUUGCUGGUUGACCAGACCAAGGCCGUUCAGUAUCUCCAGGAGAUCAAGGACUCGGUCGUGUCCGGUUUCCAAUGGGCGACACGUGAGGGCCCGCUUGGUGAGGAGCCCAUGCGCUCUGUUCGCUUCAACGUCCUUGAUGUGACCCUGCACGCCGAUGCUAUCCAUCGUGGUGGUGGUCAGAUCAUCCCUACGGCACGUCGUGUGCUCUACGCUUCCACUCUCUUGGCCGAACCUGCCCUGCAGGAGCCCGUUUUCCUGGUCGAAAUCCAGGUGCCCGAGCAGGCCAUGGGUGGCGUGUACGGUGUCCUUACUCGCCGGAGAGGUCACGUGUUCAACGAGGAGCAGCGCCCCGGUACUCCCCUGUUCACCAUCAAGGCCUACCUCCCCGUCAUGGAGUCUUUCGGCUUCAACGGCGAUCUCCGCCAGGCCACCUCCGGCCAGGCCUUCCCGACCCUGGUAUUCGACCACUGGCAGGUCCUCCCUGGUGGCUCUCCUCUGGAGGCCGGCUCGAAGGUUGCUCAAGUUGUCCUCGAUAUGCGCAAGCGCAAGGGUCUCAAGCUGGAGCUCCCUGCCUAUGAGAACUACUAUGACAAACUCUAAGCGGGUUCCUACCGACCAUGAUAGACUCGUCUCUUCACGCCUCUUCUGGAAGGAGGGUACCAGGGCUCUUUCGAUGACAUUCGAAUCCCUUACCCCUCGAGAGGCCCCAACGGAAUAUCCCCAUCGUGAGGAACGUGGCGGGAGGAAAGUCAAGCUUGAUAGAAGCUGUCACGGACGCAUGGAACUUUCGCUAGUCAUAGUUCAGCUUGGUCUGCUUGUAGUAACGUAGAAAUAUCGAUUCGUUCUGAAACUUCCAAACGAGUUUGAUGCAUAGUGAGACGUGAUGCAAAGAGCUAUCCCCCGAGUUGUCAGGCCCGACUGUUGCUCCUCAUUUCUCACAACUUCUCCAGCUUCCUUCCAGAGACUGGACUUAGC